GAAAAAAAUAGAAGUCAAGGAAUCGAUCAAGCUCUUCGGAUUCCCGGUCGCUAGCGAUAUAGAAAAAGCAUACAGAACCAGCUGCAGACAGAAGAUAUGGUUCGCGAUGGCAAUAGUGCGAGAAACACUAAGAAGAGGCGCGUCUACAAUCCGGACUUCUGAGCACAAGCUGAUCCCGCAAUACGUGGCACUAAGUAGUAUCCGCCACCUGCUGUGCCCGAUGAUAUGUUUCGACCCAGACGGCGUGAGUGAAAUAAUGCAGCAGGUCGCCAAGAAACUUCUAGCUUGCUACGGGAUAGACGACAGCGAGGCGUCAACCCUGCGAAGAUUACUAGAAAGAAAAAAGCUGCACGACGUAUCCGACUCCGAACUAUUAUUCUCCGGAAUUCUGCAGGAUCCAGGUUGGAAAGAAAAUAUGUUCAGAACAGUAAGAAAGGCGGCGCUGAAUCAGUCUUCCACAUUCGGUAGGAGAUUCCUCGCAGCAUCAAACGGGGAUCUCGGGCUACUGGAUUUCUGCACGUGGGGGCUAGACGAGGACGAAAAAGAACCAAGAUUGAGAAUACUCAGGGACGAUAGCAUAUCGAUCUCUCAAACGAACUCCUACAGAGGGAUCCGCCUCGCGUCGCAGCUAGCAAGAAACAACAUAGAGAUAAAAUGGAUCUCGACAGACACCACCACAGACUUCUCCAAAUUCACCACAAUAGUACAAGCCGACGGCUCCUUCGCGCCAAUUGACGCCGAGAUGCUCAGCGACUACGUUGCAGGAGAAUCAGCGCGCAUCUUCUCUGCAGCAAAGUUUAUAGAAA